AUGGACGAGGUGUGCUGCAUUGUUAUCUUAUGGAUAAUUGCGCCGUCGUCUUAUGACAAUGUACCAGAAGUGAAGUACGAGCGGAACGGAAACUUCAAUAGUUUGCAGUACAACCAAUUUGUCUGGAUUAAUUUGGAGGAAAUAGAGACAAAGGAAAACUUCGACGAAGUUAUAAAAGACUCCGUGAAUCUCGGUUGUCAGGCUUGGAUUGUCGCCAAUGAAGGCGUGAAGGACUUUCUCAAUGCCUAUGCGGAAGUUGUCGAGACGUGCGAACAGAGGCCGCAGAAAGUCCACAUGAUUUUCCACCUGAACGACUCUUCGGAGGACAUUUCGCGGGAAAUCCUGUCGCAUCGCACACUCGAAGAUGUGCCAAACAUUCUCCUGAUAAUCCCAUCGACGACUUCGCGACACAACGCAGAUGAUGGAGAGUCAUUUGAUUUGGUGACAUCGCCCUUUGCCGGACGAUUUAACAACACCCACCCAAUAUUGCUGGAUGUCUUCGGCAAUUCCACACUCACCAGCGAUGCCAAUUUGUUUCCCGACAAACUCCAAAAUCUCCAGCAGCGUCAUCUAAGACUGUCGCUAUUCAAUUACAAGCCCUACACAACAGUUCAACAUGUGGACGCCGGCAAGGGUAAUGCCAACGCCAUGAUGACAGAAGAGGAGCUCACGAUUCUCAUUGACGGCACGGAAUGUCUGAUGUUUCUGGAGUUCUGCAGCAGACACAAUUGCACACUCUUCAUUUCCGAAGACGAAGAGGGACAAUGGGGCGUAAUUUAUGAGAAUCGCACUGGAAACGGACUCACAGGAGCUGUUGUGGAGCGAAGGGCAGAAGCCAGCGUCGGUGCACUUUACAUGUGGUACUACGAAUCUCAGUUUCUGACGCUUUCAAAGAUAAUUUCCCGCACUGGAAUCACUUGCAUCGUUCCCAGACCUGCACUCCUUCCCGGAUGGCUGACACCAAUUCUGCCCUUCUCACCGACGCUCUGGAUUGCGUGCUUGGCGUCGCUUCUCUUGGGAAUCAUCGGCUUGCAAACGAUAGCCAAAUACCACAAAUCCUCGGCGGUGCAUCAAUCAGAUGAGCGCCGGAGUUUUGUCAACUCCGUGCUGACCGUCAUGGCGAUUUAUGUGCUGCAACCGAUAGAAUUCAUCGACAGGAGAUUUAUCGAACGCACAGUCAUUGGCUGCAUUUUGGUCACUGGCUGGUUGAUUGGGAACAUCUAUGCCAGCGGCUUGGCCAGUGUCAUGACCAUUCCGCGCUUCGUGGCGCCCAUUGACACGCCGGAGGAUUUGGCGGCGAGCGGCAUGGAGUGGUCAGCCACGCACGAUGCCUGGAUCUUCUCCAUCCAGUCGGCGACGGAGCCUUUGCUGGUGACGCUGGUGAAGAACUUCCGCAUCCGCAGCCACGAGCAGCUGCGCAGUCACUCGCUGCGGAGCGACAUCGGCUUCUCCAUCGAGCGCCUGCAGUACGGCCACUUCGCCAUCGGCGACUACAUCCAGGAGGACAUCCUGGACGACUACCAGAUCAUGGUGCAGGACAUCUACUGGGAGUACUGCGUCGUGAUGAGCUACAAGACGUGGUCUCUCCUGCCCAUGUUCGAUGAUCUGGUGCUGCACGUCGCGGAGUCCGGCAUCCAGAAGUACUGGGAGUUGCUGGUGGCGCAGCGCCACCAGAACAUUCAAGUGCAGCUCGGCGUGGCGCAGUCCAGACACCACGACAGCCUGGGCCCGGAGCCACUCAAGCCCACGCAUCUGUUCGGGCUCUUCGCCGUCUGGGGCCUCGGAAUGAUGCUCGCGACGGCGGUUUUCCUCGCGGAAACCUGUUGGCGCUUCAAGACACAGUGA